UGCAAGGUUACUUACUUGACAGAGUCUAGUUUGGCACUUACUGCAGGCAGCAGCCAAGUGGGUUUGCGUCUUAAAUUAAAUCUCUUUGAAGACUGGGUCUGGAAAAAACAGUUGGGCUUGAACACAACCCAGUUUUAACUCAAGAUUAGCCGACAGUUUCGGAUUCCUUACUUAAAUCUCUGUUGAAAUUGCUUAAUUAUGUAACAAUGUAUUGCAGAAGAUUAGAGAAUGCAGCCCAUUCAAUUUUGGGCUCAGGAGAAUUUUGGGUUGCUAGUCAUUAUUGAUUCAAGCUGAAGAGGUUCAAUAUCAUGAAGUUUUUGCUGAAUUUUUCAGGAUAUAGGAAGUCCUUUUGGGAACAAUUGACAAAGCCCACCUCUUGGAACUUGCAUGGAAACCUGGUGUUUUUCCAGGUGGGCUCUGUCGUGGCUGAUUCUUGAAGGAUCGUAUUCGAGAAAGUUAUAGAAAGAUGGUCAUGGUUUCUGCCAAAUGUGACAUAGCUUUUGCUUUAGGAACCGCCACUUAAAUCCCAGAAUCUACCAGAGUCAUCAAUCUUCUCUUCUAUUUAAACGGCUCUUCCUAUCUUGUCAUCAAGAAAUCAAACUUCUAACACAAUGGCCAUGAUUCCAAGCUUUUUCGGCAGCAGGAGAAGCAACAUCUUCGAUCCAUUCUCUUUAGACAUAUGGGAUCCUUUCGAAGGUUGCCCAUUCACCACCAACGCAGUAGCCAACGUCCCUUCCUCUUCGCGUGAAAAAUCCGCCAUUGCCAACACCAGGAUAGACUGGAAAGAGACCCCGGAGGCUCACAUAUUCAAGGCUGACCUUCCAGGGCUGAAGAAAGCAGAGGUGAAAAUGGAGGUUGAAGAAGGAAAGGUGCUGCAAAUCAGCGGAGAGAGGAGCAGGGAACAAGAAGACAAGAAUGAUACUUGGCAUAGAAUCGAGAGGAGCAGCGGCAAGUUCUUGAGGAGGUUCAGGUUGACCGAAAUUGCAAAGAUGGAUCAAAUCAAGGCUUGAAUGGAGAAUGGUGUGCUUUCUGUCAUAGUGCCUAAAGAGGAAGAGAAAAAACCUGAAGUAAAGCCCAUAGAAAUCUCUGGCUAAGUUAAUCCCAUGAGCUUGUAACUUCGGGUAACAAAAUCAAACCAAAAAUGCAAAGAAAGAUACCAGGUUUUGGUUUUGCUUAGCUUUCCUUAAAACUUGAACAAUAUUUAGUUGCAUGUCGGAAUCAAUGUCCUGUUACUGUUGUACUCGAUCUUCAUAAUAAUAAUAAUAAUAAUAAUAAUAGUAAGGGUUUUGUUUCUCUGGUA